AUGGCUGCCUCAAGCUCAUCAGCAUCUGAUCUGUCGCUUGAUCCAGAUUGGAAAUCAAAAUUAAGCCUACCUCAGAAAGAUCUUCGUCCUCAAACAGAAGAUGUCACCAAGACGAAGGGCAUCGAAUUCGAAGAUCUUUAUCUCCGCCGUGAUCUAUUAAUGGGCAUCUUCGAAGCCGGUUUCGAGAAACCUUCACCGAUUCAAGAAGAAGCCAUCCCGAUUGCCCUUGCUGGACGGGAUAUCCUGGCCCGAGCCAAAAACGGAACGGGCAAGACCGGUGCAUUCGUGAUUCCUACUCUCGAAAAAACAAACGUCCGAAUCAAUCGAAUUCAAGCUCUCAUUCUUGUACCUACCCGCGAAUUAGCUCUCCAAACAUCACAGGUAUGCAAAACCCUGGGAAAGCACACCGGUAUCCAAAUCAUGGUCACGACAGGUGGCACCACUCUAAAAGACGACAUCCUCCGUCUACAAGAGGCUGUCCAUGUUGUUGUCGGCACCCCCGGGCGAAUUCUCGACCUCGCCAGCAAGGGUGUUGCUGAUCUCAGUCAAUGCAAGACGUUUGUAAUGGACGAAGCUGACAAGCUCCUCAGCCCCGAAUUCACAGUUGUUAUCGAGCAGCUGUUAUCAUUUUUGCACAAAGAGCGCCAAGUCAUGCUCUUCUCAGCUACUUUCCCGAUGAUUGUCAAAGAUUUUAAGGACAAGCACAUGAUCAAGCCUUACGAAAUUAACUUGAUGGAAGAACUCACACUUCAAGGUGUCACUCAAUACUACGCCUUCCUGGAAGAGCGCCAAAAAGUGCAUUGUCUCAACACGCUUUUCUCCAAAUUGCAAAUCAAUCAAGCCAUCAUCUUCUGUAACUCGACCAAUCGAGUCGAACUUCUUGCUCGUAAAAUCACGGACAUUGGCUAUUCUUGUUUCUACUCACACGCCAAAAUGCUCCAGCAGCACCGUAAUCGGGUUUUCCAUGACUUCCGAAAUGGGGUUUGUCGUAACCUCGUAUGCUCCGAUCUCCUCACAAGAGGUAUCGAUAUUCAGGCGGUCAAUGUCGUAAUCAACUUCGAUUUCCCCAAAAAUGCUGAGACAUACCUACAUCGUAUCGGUCGAUCGGGAAGAUUUGGACAUCGUGGGAUAGCGAUCAACUUGAUCACAUACGAGAAUCGCUUUGAUCUGUAUCGUAUAGAACAGGAGCUUGGAACUGAGAUCCAGCCAAUACCCGCCGUGAUCGACAAAGCCCUCUAUGUCGCACCGGGGAUUGAAGACACCCCUUCGAGCACACCCACACACGGAAGCUCAUCGGCACCUUCUUCAAAUGCCAACCAAGCCGGUCAUCAGCAUCAGCAAUCAAACCAGGCUCAUCGUAACGGACGUCAGACCAACCAGCAACCUUCGGACCAAUCUCACGUCCCACAACCGCAUGAUAAACCCACUCUACCGCCUCAGCAGCUCACCUUCCAAAAAGCUGCCCCUAUAGACUCAUUAUCUCAUGCGACACCCACCGAAUAUGCCAACGGGGCCCCGCCGCCAAAUAGUUCACGUGUUAACCAUAAGUCAACUCGAGGAGGUAGUGGUGGUCCACAUCGAGGCAGGGGUGGCGGGGCUCAUCGAGCGCCGAGCGGGAUCGCUCCGGCAGCUUGA